AUACAGCUAUGGCUGACACCUAUAGUUUAAAAAGAAAGAGUGCUCUUCUGAACUGUUUUACAAAUGGCAGGCUGUAUUUAUUGUGUGUUGUGUGCAAUUUCUGUAGACGCUCUGCUAAUGAUGUUUGUCGGUAAUUCACUGAAGUCUUUGAACUUUGUGGCAACUUUUGGAGUACUCUAAGAUUUAUAUUGUAGACUUAUCUGUCUAUACUAAACGGUUACUCGUGGUAUUUUUGAAAAAGUGAAAUCAUUAUUAUUACUCCAACUUAUGCGUCAAGCUGCUAAACUAUUUUCAGACAUACCAGAUAUGAAUUUUUUACGAAAAUUUUUAAAUGUACAAAUAUAUUGGACCUACAUUACGAAAUGAUUGUACGAACACUUUAGGUAGCCCGUUCAUUUUAAACAAGAAUUGAGAAUUCUAAAUAUCUACUGUUGGUAAGAUACUUCUUUAUCGUUUGGCACAUAUGAUAUACAGGUCUUCAAUAAGCCAAAUCUACUAGUCAGUGUUGUCCAUCGUUGAAUUCGUCGCGACAGAAAUAAAACGCAUGUAAUUGCUAUAGUUUUAGUAAAGAAAUCAUCAUAGAAUUAUGGCUGGAAAAGUACGAACGAAGCAAGAAAGAAGCGGUGAAGUGAUUGCAUAUAGCGAAGUUGCAGUUCGCAAUAAUGCAGCAGUCGUGGAAUAUUGUAGGAUAUCCAUGGCAGCGUUAUCUGGUGGUACGGCUGGUCUGUUAGGUUUAACAGGAUUGUAUGGAUUUGGUUUCUACAUAUUUGCUGUAAUUGGUUUAUGGGCAAUGUUGCUUAUGAAAGCUGGUGGUCAAUGGAAAAAAUACUUUAUUAGCAGGCGCAGCCUCUUGACAAAUGGUUUUUUUGGAGGUCUAUUUACAUAUGUAUUAUUUUGGACAUUCCUCUAUGGUAUGGUGCACGUUUAUUAAAACAAAAUCAUCCAUGGACUUAGGCAUUCUACAAUUCUAUUUAUAAUGAAUCAAGAAAAUAUUACGUUUGUAUUUAUAUGAGCAAUAGUUGUUGUCAUACAAUGAAUAAAAUAACACAUGUAAGAUUCACAAUA